AGGAAAGGAGAGAAAGAAAAAAGGAGGGAAUAAGGAAGGGAAAAUAAAAGAAGGGAGGAGGGCACAAAAAAUACUAUCAAAGGAAAUCAAAUAAAGGCCUCGGGAUUUAUUUAUAUAUUGUUUUUUAUUUAUUUAUUUUUUUGUGAAUGAGCCUGACACUGAGAGUGUCUGCAGUCAGCAGGAGAAAUGGGUUAGACUGGGAUUAGUCAUGGUGUGGAGCUAAAAACCUAAAGAUGUCAGCUCCGGAGAUGCCGGAUCUGAGCCACCUGACUGAGGAGGAGAGGAAGAUCAUCCUCUCGGUCAUGGAUCGGCAGAGGAAAGAGGAAGAGAAGGAGCAGUCCAUGUUGAAGAGGCUGCAUCAGCAGUUUGAGAUGUAUAAGGACCAGGUGAAGAAACUUGGAGACGAAACUCCGAAGAAUCAGGAGCAGAAGAGUGACUCUCCAACCUGCGGGAUUUGCCACAAAACCAAAUUUGCUGACGGCUGCGGUCACGUUUGUUCUUAUUGCCAAACCAAGUUCUGUGCUCGCUGCGGGGGUCGAGUGUCUCUGCGCUCCAACAAGGUAAUGUGGGUUUGCAACUUGUGCCGAAAACAACAAGAAAUCCUCACCAAGUCAGGCGCCUGGUUCUAUGGAGGUGCUGAGGUCCGAAAGUUAGGACCUGAGGUCAAAGGUCAUCUAGACUCGUCUGGAUUAGCUGUGAAAAGUGUCCCAGUGGACAGGAGAAGAAGCCCAUCGGCAUCCAGGACAUAUAAAGGGGACUUCGCAGGACGUCAGCAUGGAGACGGCUUCAUGCCUCGCUCUCCGUCCGACUCGAACCGCUGGCGUUACCAGGAGCGCCACCUGGACGGUCAGAUAGACGAUCGCGAGCUCCAGCGGCAGCUGGAGGAGGAGUAUCGCUCUCGUUACCGCAGCGACCCCAACCUUGCACGGUACCCCGUGAAACCACAGCCCUAUGAGGAGCAGAUGCGAAUCCAUGCUCAGGUCUCCAGAGCACGGCACGAGCGGCGCCACAGUGACGUUUCCUUGGCUUUCACCGAGCUUGACGACGCUCACAACGGUUUCGACAGCCACCGGCCCGCAUCAAAGCGCUCAUAUUCCAUGGACAGAAGCUCACCGGCUCUCAGGACAUUCAGUAAAAUGCACCAUCUGGACCCGGGCAUGAUGGAUGGUGUGAUGAGGACUGACUCGCUCAGUUCGGAUCAGUCCGAGUCAAUGAGGCCUGCGAGGAGCCGGAGAACGGGGAGGUUCAGAGCGGCAGGGAGCUUCAGCAGCUCGGAGGAAGAGAUCAACACCACGCCAGAAUACACCAGCUGUGAGGACGUGGAGCUCGAGUGUGAAUCCUUUGGAGAAAAAGGAGAUAUGGAUGGCCACUGGUGGGAUUACGCGUCUUGGCAUAACGAGUCCUCGCCAAUGUCUAUGCACCCGGUGACGUGGCAGCCAUCCAAAGAUGGAGAUCGGUUAAUUGGGCGGAUUUUACUGAACAAGCGAUUGAAGGAUGGCACGGUGCCCCGAGACACGGGCGCUAUGCUGGGCCUCAAGGUGGUUGGAGGUAAAAUGACUGAAUCUGGUCAGCUUUGUGCUUUUAUUACCAAAGUAAAAAGAGGAAGCUUAGCAGAUACAGUUGGCCAUCUCCGACCUGGCGAUCAGGUUCUCGAGUGGAACGGCAGGGUUCUUCAGGGAGCCACAUUUAAGGAAGUUUAUAAUAUUAUUCUAGAGUCCAAACCUGAGCCGCAAGUUGAGCUUCUGGUCUCACGGCCCAUCGGUGACGUACCCAGAAUAUCAGAGAGUACGCAUGGACAGCUGGAAUCCAGUUCGAGUUCAUUUGAAUCGCAGAAGAUGGGUCCAUCCAUUUCCGUCACAUCUCCCAUGAGUCCCGGCGUCCUUCGUGAUGCUCCUCAGUAUCUGUCUGGACAACUUUCAAGUCCAUGCCUUAAUAGAAGAACCACGCCUUUUGUCCCUAGGGUCCAGGUUAAGCUAUGGUACGACAAAGUGGGACACCAGCUCAUUGUUACCAUUUUGGGCGCCAAAGACCUGCCUGCUCGAGAGGACGGCCGCCCCAGGAACCCCUACAUCAAAAUUUACUUCCUUCCUGACAGAAGUGAUAAAAGCAAAAGAAGAACGAAAACAGUGAAGAAGUCUUUAGAGCCUAAGUGGAACCAGACGUUCAUGUACUCGCCUGUGCACAGGCGUGAGUUCAGGGAACGGAUGCUGGAAAUCACCCUGUGGGACCAGGCCCGGGUUCGAGAGGAGGAGAGCGAGUUCCUUGGGGAGAUUUUAAUAGAGCUGGAGACGGCUCUGCUGGAUGAUCAGCAUCACUGGUAUAAACUCCAGACGCAUGACGUCUCCUCUAUGCCACUGCCAAACCCUUCACCAUAUAUGCAGAGACGCUUCAUUCAGGGAGAGAGUCCGACACGGAGGCUACAAAAUAAAGGCACAUAUUAUCACGGCCCAGGAUCACAGCGAAUCAGUGACAGUGAGUUUUCCGACUACGACUGUGAGGAUGGAGUUGGCGUGAUAUUAGAUUACCGGCACAAUGGUAGAAAGUUCCAGAGCUCUACUCUGUCCGUUCCCGAGCAGGUCAUGUCGUCCAAUCAUCGCUCUCGAUCAGACGUGAUGCGCAAUCGCUCUCGUUCUCCCAGCGUUCCUCCUCCUCACAGUCGGAGUUUAGAUCACGGCGUGAGAGGACCAGCGCAUUACGGACACCGAAAUCGACUCUCUGAAGACCAGUAUUCACCUGAUAGAACCUCAGUCUCUCACCCUCAUCAAAUCCGACCCAGAUAUCACACCAUCGAUACGCCGUUCCAGGACCACAGUCUCAUGUACCCUCUCUAUCGGGAAGACGCUCUGAAGCUGUUGCGCUCCACUAAGCUGUCCCGAACCCACUCGGACAGGGCUUAUGAUAGUGCGCAGAGGAGGAUGAGGCGUGAUAGGCGACUGUCAGUCUACAGCGACUCAUAUGAAUCUCCCGAGAGACAUUACAAUGGUCCCGAUCACGUUCCCACACCGUGGCCUAAUCACCUCACGAACGGAUCCUCUGAGGAUUACAGGAACUGCCCCAAGAUAGAAAUUGAGCCUUCCACAGAUGCAGAAAGAGAGGAUCAUAUACCGGAGUUCCCAGUUAGCCACGAGGCGUUUGAGGAGGAUUUCAGGUACGCUCACGCCACACUGGACAGACAUUACAGGUCGAGGUCAGCCGACCAGCGGCCGAUGAUGGAGAGACACUUCUACACACGCUCGCGCUCGUCUGAGCGUCCUGAACCGUCCUACAUGAGGUCCAUGCCGUCUUUACCCUCCAGGAGAUCCGCCCCUCCCUCUCCUGCCUUAACGAGGGCGAACCCUCGGGCCGGAUCGGUCCAAACGAGUCCCUCAAGCACGCCGGUGUUAGCUCGAAGAGGUCGUCAGUUACCGCAGGUUCCUCCGAAGGGCUCCAUGGACAGGAAUGGAGGAGAGGGCGUGGCAGAGCCGUACGAAGCCUCUGUCUGUGAAGAUGUAGCAACACCUGUGACUCCGCCCCUUGUGCAGUCUCCUGCCCCGCCCCCAGUAACACAAACAACGCCUGUGCCUUCGUCCUUCACAUACACCACAGCUGCUCAUUUGGGGGCGGAGCCUCCAGCCCCAGCACCUCCCCCUGAACCAGACCCCGCCCCUUCAUUGUCUCUUGAACCUGUUGUUUCACUUCCAUCAGGAUCAGCUCCGCCUCCAGCUCCGCCUCCUUCAGUGCCAGAAAUUGAGGAAAAGCCUGUGGCUCCCCCUCCUGUCAACGGGCGGAAAGGUUCUCUGAAGGAUCCAUCCAGGAGGGGAAUGGACAGUCUGUCCAUGAAGUCCUCGGACAGUGACGUUAGCGAUGUAUCCGCCAUGUCCAGUGCGUCUCGGCUAAGCAGCGCGAGCUACAUGUCCGUCCAGUCUGACAGAGCGCGGGCCGCUCGCAAAAUGAGGGCUCAGACUGCGACUCCUGGCUCCAACAUCACCAAGAGCUCCAGCGUCGGAGGAGAAAUGUGUUCGCUCGGCAGGAAUGACGAUGACGAGGAUGACAAGAAGAGGCGCUCGAGCUUCGGGGCCAAGAUGGCUGCCAUGGUGGGUCUGGGGAAGAAGAGCCAGAGCACAUCACAGCUGGAUCCAGAGGAGGAGGGAAAGAAGAAGAAGCCGGUGCGUUUGGCCAUUCAGAGGAGUGUAGAGACGGGUUUGGCCAUCGAGAUGAAGAGCAGAAUGACGCGACAGCCGAGCAGAGAGACGGCUGAGGAAGGAGAAAACCCCAAACCGGGAAAUCUUAUUUUCCCCGGUGUAAAGAUCUCUACAGACAGUCAGUUCAGCGAGUUCUUGGACGGUCUCGGCCCCGCCCAGCUUGCUGGGAGACAGACCCUGGCCACGCCCCCAAUGGGUGACAUACAGAUCGGAAUGGUGCACAGGAAAGAGCGUCUGGACGUCGAGGUGAUUCGUGCUCGUGGUCUGGUGGGAAAACCGGGCAACAAACAGACACCAGCACCGUACGUUAAAGUCUAUUUACUGGACAACGGGAAGUGUGUAAACAAGAAGAAGACGCGACUGGCCAGAAAAACUCUGGACCCUUUAUAUCAGCAGCAGCUGCAGUUUGAGGAGAGUCCAGAGGGAAAAGUGUUACAGAUCAUCGUGUGGGGAGAUUACGGCCGCAUGGACCACAAGUCGUUCAUGGGAGCCGCUCAGAUCCUGUUGGACGAUUUAGAGCUCACCAACAUGGUGAUUGGCUGGUACAAACUGUUUCCUCCCACCUCACUUGUGGAUCCCACGUUAGCUCCUUUAAGCAGCAAAGCUCACGAAAGAACAACCGACAAAUCAAACGCUCGCUCAUAACGGCACUGAGACAUCCUCUGCAUGCUUCACGCUGCGUCCCGUGGGAAGGCCGAGAGCAAGAACACGCCGCCGUCUUCCUGCUGCCAAAAGAGAAACGAGGAAACGGGAAGACGCAGGAGCCGAGCGUUUGGGUUUGAGCAUCGUUAAUGUCAGACAGACAGACAAACAGCUCAGAAGUCUGAAGCUCGACUCAUUGUGGGACAGAAGAAGACAAAUAACACCGUCGUGCUUCAACAAGAGAGACGUUUUUGGAUGGAAAAACACAAACCUUUGGCUGAUUUGUUUUCUUUUCAAAUGGACAACAGUGUGAGCUUGGAAUAUUUCUGUGGAGAAAUGAGAAGAAAUCCUACAAAAAGCCAUGUGGACCAACCAAGAGUAGUCUGAGAGAAGGAGGAGAACAGCGAGAUACGGAGGAGCUCAGAAAUCGAAACCUCGUGUGUGACUGGUGACCAUGAGCAAAAAAAAUGAAUGUAAAGAGGAGAGCAAAAGAAUCUAAGGUCCAGAGAGAAAGAAGACAAACCUUGUGUGGGUGUUCGGUUUCAUGUCAGUGUUGUUUUUCUAAAAACUCGGGUGAAAAGAAAUAAAAACGCACAAAAAGCCACGUGGACCAACAGUAACGGGCUAAAGAGAGGAUUCAGGUUCCUUAAAACGGACAAAAGAAAUAAAGCCAAUUUCAGUAGAUUUUAAAGAGAACGAUGAUGAUGAUAACAUUCAUGAGAUGUUUUGUUUCAUAUGUAAAAGGAGCUCAGUGUUCUCCAUACAGAGAUUGGGAUGACCACAAAAAAGAACAGAAAUAAAUAAUAAAAAGAAGACGCACACAAAACAAGCCACGAGCGGGCUAACAAGAGAAAACAGAAAAAGAGAAGAAGCUGAGAACGAAUCUCCGAAGCCCUACUGCACUUCCUCAAUCAAGCCAGAUAAAACAAUUCAUUAAAAAUGUUCCUGUUUUGAUAAAGAUUUCAAAACCACAAAAUUCCCCAAAAAAACAAAUCUACAGACAAACUUCUUUUGCGCUCCGAUAUGACGCUCUUUUCGGUGAUGUACUGUAUUAAAAGUCAUGAGAAGAAUUUGAUUUAUUUAUUUAUUUUUUGCAUGGAUGCAAAUAAUCCUAAAAAUAGGGAUUAUUUUCUUCAAGGCUGCUACUAAAAAAAAGAUCAAAACAAAAAAAACGCCCGAUCAGCCAUUUUUAAUGGUUUCUAUUCGGAUGAGUUAAGAGAAAUCUCCGGUGCAUGCUUUACAGUAAGAGUGACUGUGAUGAAGAUGAAGAUGAUUGUCGUUGUACUUCUGUAUUUUUUUGCAGAUCAGCAGCAGUGUGGCCUGGAAAAAUAAACAAACCCAUUUCCAAAUAAAAAAAGACAAAAAUGAAACAUUAAAAGUUUUCCAGACUACACGGUGCAGCGUUUUUCUCCUCGUAGUUGCUACAGUAUACGUUAUCAUUUUUAUCAUGUUAUUAUUAAUUGUGAUUAUUUUUUCUACACAAAUAGAGAAACAGAAAUCACAUUUCAAUAAUCAGACUAAUGGAAAUCUCCAGGCUUAACAUCAGAUUUUUUUCUCCAUGCAGAUUUUAAUAGGACACGAGUCAUAUCCUGGGAAAUACCAUAAACAGAUAAGAGCCUUAAAAUCCACUCAUUUUAAUCCAGUGACUUGUCAUUAUUGUAAUUGUAAAAACUUCAGAGGCUGCCAUGUUGAAUUGUUGCCACUGGGGGGCGCUGUGUUUCAUCUCUCCCAAACCAGGCAUGUCCAAAAAAAUAAAUAAAGAGAGAUUAAACUUUACUCCCACAUUUGAGCAUGUUUUACUAAAAGAAUCUGUGUGAGAGUUAGUGGUUAGUGCAUGUGGACGUGAAGCUCAGCUCCUCGACUUUAUCGAACACCCACUAAGCUCAUUUUCCCACAUUUUAUUUUUGCAUUUAUUUACUCCUUUAAAAAAGCAGGUGAUUCCCAUCAAAAUAAUAAAAAAAAAAAUUACAAACAAAAAAAAACUUUUGUGAGGGAAACCUGGGCAAGUCGUUCAAAUGAAUCUUAAAAUAAUUUUAUAACAGAUGUUGACUAAUAAGAUUGCAAGUAUAUUUUAUUUUAAUAAAGAAAAAAGAUAAAAAAUAAAUAAAUACACUAUUAGAUGGUGAGUGUCACAGAGUCACAGACUGGUGUAUGAAAUGGGAAA